GCGAAGGGGGGGGGCGGCACCCUCCUGUCUUGGGAUACGUAGUCCCGGGCCCGCUUAAAGACUACGACUCCCAGCGUGCCCCGCGGCCCAAGGCCAGAAGGGCCCGGACACGGAGCGCGCUGUGGCUUUGGCUCCGGGGAGGGAUCGCCGGGGAGAUGGCCACGGGGACAGACCAGGUGGUGGGACUCGGCCUCGUCGCCAUUAGCCUGAUCAUCUUCACCUACUACACCGCCUGGGUGAUUCUCUUGCCGUUCAUUGACAGCCAGCAUGUCGUCCACAAGUACUUCCUGCCCCGGGCCUACGCUGUCGCCAUCCCACUGGCCGCUGGCCUCCUGCUGCUCCUGUUUGUGGGAGUGUUCAUCACCUACGUGAUGCUGAAGAACCAGAAAGUGACCAAAAAGGCUCAGUGAAGGCCCAGUGGGGCUGAGGCUGCCGGCCCUUCCUCUGCCUCCCCUCCAAAGGUGGGGGCACAUAGGCGCAUCCAGGCACCGCGGUCCCCCUCAAGCCUGGCUGCCCUGAACAUAUCCUGGUGGGAUGGAGCUGUUUAGGAUUGACCACACGGGCCUGCUCCUCCCCUGCUCAACCUUCCGGAAGCCAGGAGGGAGGAUUACUUGGAAGCCUCCCUCUCACCCCUUUCUGGCUCAGGGCCUGAAAGAUGCUGGUUGUCCCCACCUCACCUUCGGGCUCCCCGUCACCUUUUCCUCAGGGUCCCACCCUCCUGUUUCACUGUCCCUCUUGUCACCUGCUGAUGUUGGACUUGGCAGGUUCUGAGGCGUCACGUGACCUUUCCCCACACGUCCUGCUCCUCAUCAGAGGCAGCUUUCCCAGGUCUGACACAGCCCCAGGCCCCAUAAGGACUUCUGGACCUGGAAAGCCUAAGGGGAGGACUGACAGGCCCUAGGGUUACCACCAGGCCCCGGGGCACAUUAGGGUGGCCACGGGGGGCCCCCAGACCAACUGCUCCUCACAGAGGCCCAGUCCCCCAGCCCUAGCGCUAGCCUACUGGGGAGAGCUGAACAAUAAACACUGAUGAUGUGUC